AUGCUGAACAGUUUUGAUUCUUGCAUUAAGACCGCGUCUUCCGGCGUUUUUGAAGGCAUAACUGUCAAUUUAGGCCUCUGGGAUACAGCUGGUACAGAGCUUAUAUUGCUAGUAUGUGCUACUGACGGCCAUGAUGAUGUUAAACCUUUUGCGAAGUGCCUGAGUGAAAUUAAAAGAACUAUAUGUUAUGCUCCAGAACUUUGGUUAAGCAGGAAUGUAGAGAACAACCAGUUUUCUGGAUCAAUACCUCCAAAGUUGUUAAGCAUCCCUAACUUUAGUAAAGAUGGAAACCAAUUUACUCCUGAUGAUGGUAAUGCUACUAUAGCACCUGCUCGUCCUCCUCAUUCUCCAACAAUAGCUUCACCAUCAGGAACUGUGGUUCCUGGAACACCAUUUUUUGGACGGGUACCUCCGAAACAUGCCAAGGGACCAACUGCAUCAAAGAAAUCAAGUUCCGAGAAAUCGAAAACAAACACUAAAAGAGUGGUUUGGAUUACUAUUUCAUGUGUAUUGGGGUUUAUCAUCUUGGCACUGGCACUUGUUCUCUUUCUUCCAAGAUGUAGCAAAAGGGAACGGGUUGGCAGAACCUCCAAGCAACAUCUGAUUGGAGCAUAUGGCGGCGAAAGAACAAAUCCUUGGAAUAAUGGGGCUCUAGUCCAACCACCUAGUCAAACUGAGAAAGUACUGAAAGGGGCUGUUGUAAGGCCAAAAGAGAAUCGUCAAGCAGAGAAAGAUGAACAAAGAAUGGAAACAAUUCCAAAGCUAUUAAGUCAUGAGAUUGAUAUGGGUGCACUAGAUCUAGAUUCAUUGCCACCUUCACCCCCACCCCCACCUCCUCCUCCACCACUUUCAGCUGAGAAGGAAGUCCACAUUGGUGACUCUAGAGCUGUGUUGGGUACAAGGGAGAAAGAUGGUUCUCUUGCUGCAGUCCAAUUAUAG